UGCCCAUUGCUGUGUAUAGCAAUAGCAGUUCACCACGAUCGUAAAGUGCGGUCGUGACUACUGCGUUACGGUUACUACUACGAUUUACGACAAUAAUUAUCAUUUAUCACUCGACAAUAUUAAUAACUCUAUCGUACAGCACGAUCAUUUACGAUUUAUCAUCAUUUCAAUUAUUAUAAAUUAUUACAAUACGCGCGUGUACGACGACAAUAAUAAUAAUAAUAAUAAUAUCGUAGUGGGUGUGUGCGGUGUUUUCUUUCGCGUGCGUGUGGCAAACCGUCUGGCGUUAUCCCAUUUCCCAGUUCCCAAUCGGUUCGACCCGAUAAAGAAUAAUUUGAUCUGAGUGGCUGGCCGCCGCCGCCGCCGCCGCGUUCCGACCGACUCGUUUCGAUCGUCAUACGACGUGGCACGUUAAUCAAUAUUAAUCAUCGUCUGUGUGUCGCACGCCGCGUUGGUCUCGAUAGCUAUCCGCACUAUGGACCGUCCACGUUUCGAUAGAAGACGACACUCGACAUCGUCCGCCGCCACCGCCGUCGCCUACGAUUCGAGCACCGGCAACGUUUAACAGGUCUCCAUCACCACGUCCCAUCGACCAGCAGACACUCGUCGAGGAUAAGUCAACGUUUGUCGGCCAGACCCGGGGCAUGUAAAGUCCGUUAAACCAUGUGCGGAGUCGACACUAAAAUGGCCGAAACCAAAGCCCUGAUAUUGGUCGGUGGUUACGGCACCCGUCUCCGACCGCUCACGUUGAGCCGGCCCAAGCCGCUGGUCGAGUUUGCCAACAAGCCGAUGAUACUUCAUCAGAUCGAAGCCCUAGUCACAGUCGGAGUGCGAGAGGUUAUAUUAGCUGUUUCGUACCGUGCUGAACAGAUGGAAAAAGAGAUGAGUGAUGAAGCCAAAAAACUUGGUGUUCGACUAGUUUUUUCACACGAAUCUGAACCACUUGGCACAGCUGGACCUUUAGCUCUUGCCAAACAUUUGUUGUCCAACACACAAAACCAGCCGUUUUUUGUUUUAAACUCUGAUAUUAUUUGUGAAUAUCCAUUUAAAGACCUGAUUGCAUUCCAUAAAUCGCAUGGUUGUGAAGGUACGAUUGUGGUGACUAAGGUUGAAGAACCAUCCAAGUAUGGUGUUGUGAUGUACGAUGAAGAUACAGGUCGCAUAGAAAGUUUCAUUGAAAAGCCACAAGAGUUUGUUUCAAAUAAAAUCAAUGCAGGCAUUUAUAUUUUAAACCCGUCUGUAUUGGAUAGAAUUAAGUUGGAGCCAACAAGUAUUGAAAAAGAAGUGUUUCCCUUUAUGGCCCAAGAUGGUCAACUAUAUGCAUUUAACUUAAAAGGAUUCUGGAUGGAUGUAGGACAACCAAAAGAUUUUCUAACUGGAAUGUGCAUGUACUUGACAUCGUUAAAAACUCGUAGUCCAACUUCAUUGUAUUCUGCUGAUGGUGUCGUUGGUAAUGUUCUAGUUGAUCCAACUGCGACUAUAGGUGAAGGUUGUAAAAUAGGUCCAAAUGUUACUAUUGGUCCAAAUGUUACUGUUGAAGAUGGUGCUUGCUUAAGAAGGUGUACCAUACUAGCAGGGGCUACAGUUAAAUCACAUACAUGGUUGGACUCUUGCAUAAUUGGUUGGCGUUCAGUUGUUGGAUGUUGGGUUCGUAUGGAAAAUACUACUGUGCUUGGAGAAGAUGUUAUUGUUAAAGAUGAACUUUACAUUAAUGGUGGACAGGUUUUACCACACAAAUCAAUCAGUACUUCUGUACCUGAUCCUCAAAUUAUUAUGUGAUUAAUAUAUAUUUAUAUAUAUUUUAAAUAUUUAAUUAUUAUUAAUUGUUAAUUUUUUAUUUUUGUGUACAUUAUUGGGGUUUUAUUCAUAUUUAUUUAUCAAAUAUUAAAUCUGGGCUAAAAAGAUCAAUCUUAAUAUUUUUGGAUAAAUGUUAUCCUAAGGCUAAACUAAUAAAAAGAUUACAUUUUAUUCUUAUAUCAAAUUCAUUAUGAUAAAACAACUGUUCUGACUUUACAUUUCCUAACUGCCAUAAAAUAAAAGAUUAGACCUUUCAAAUCCCAGGGUGCAGAAUUAUAUCAUUGUAAACAAAUAUUAUAGAAUUAUUAAAUAGCUAUUUAUUUUGUGACCUAUCAUAAUACAUUAGGUUAAUAUGCAUACUUUAUGCAACACUAUAUUGAAAAAUAAACAAAUUAUUUCAUUUAUUAUUUGUUUAAAUGUGUUUAAUUAAAAAACAAUUGCUUAAAGUAAUUUUAUUUAAAUUAAAAUUCUAUUCAAAAAUAAAAAUGUGCAGCAUUUUAUUAUGUAUUCGCGUUUUUGUUUACAUAGAUUAUAUGAUUUUUCACAACUAAACAGUAAACACCUUUAUAUUUUGUACUGUGUAUAUUAGUAUAAAUAAAACUAGUAAAAAAAAAAAAAAAAACAAUAUUUAUAUUGUAUAAAACAUAAUUUUAAGUUUUAAAGAUUAAGGCUGUAUGGUUAUGUUUAAUUAUUUUAACUUCAAUAAUCUAAAUAUUGUUAGGUUAUUUGGAUAAACAUAACAAGACUCUUAUAAUACUUUAAAAAAAAAUAAACUAUUAAAUUUGAAAAGCAAAAUAAGUAAAUGAUAACUGUUAUAUUUAUAAUAAUUAAUAGUUACCUAUUUAAUACACAUAAAAAUAAAUAGGUAAAAAACACUAUUGAGUUACCUAUCUCCUAAUACAAAUGUGUAUUUGAUCAAUAAUACAUUUCACAAAUCAUUUAUUUUUUUAUUAUGGUUUUUACAUGUAUUCAAUUGUACUAUUAAUUAAUAUAUUUAUGGUAAUCAAUCACUUAUUUGUAAUCAUUUAUGAGACUCAAUAAAUAUUUUUACUAAGGAUUAAAGUGCAAUAAAGAAAAACAAAUUUGUCAAUGCAUUUUUUAUUACCAUUUUAUAUAAGAUUAAUAGAUUUAAUUCCAAAAAUAUUAUUUAUUUAAACUUUUUUAUUCUUUAUUUUUAUAUACAUUUUGUAAUUCAUAAUUGCAAAAUUUAUUUCUAAAACACUUACUAAAUAAGAAACUAUCAGUCCAAUGUUUUGUUUUAGAAGUAAAAAUACUAAUUAUUAUUUUAUACACAAAUUAUAUUUUAAAUGUAAACAUUUUUUGUUUGUUCAUUAAUGGCAUUAAAAACUGAAAAUAUUAUAUUCAAAUUUCUGUAUUAUUCUAUUGAAUAAAACUAUUUAUAUUUGCAUA